UGUUGGCGCUGCGUCUGGAGCUCAUGGAAGCUGCUGCUCCAUCAUGAGUUGUCAUGAUGUCGGUGGACGCCGUCGUUUCGAGGACUCGGAGUUCACCUUACGAGUGUAUCCCGGAUCUUUGUCCGAGAGCACCAUCUACUGUCCGGUCAGCGCUCGCAAGAUCACGACAGCCGCUGAGGUGAUCGAACGAGUCAUCGAGCGGCUGCAGCUCGACCGCACGCGGCUCUAUGUGCUUGCAGAGGUCAAGGAGUUUGGCGGUGAGGAGUGGAUCCUGAACCCGAGCGACUGUCCUGCACAGCGGAUGAUGCUGUGGCCGCGGAUGGCUCUGGAGAACCGGCUGCUGGGCGAGGAUUACCGUUUCCUUCUCCGCGAGAAGAACCUGGAUGGCUCCAUCCACUAUGGCAGCCUGCAGAUGUGGUUGCGUGUAACGGAGGAGCGGCGGCGGAUGGUGGAGCGUGGUCUUCUCCCUCAGCCACCUGCCGCUCAGUUCGUGGCGGAUCUGUGCUCGCUACCCGAUCUGAACGAACACACGUUGCUGGAGAAUUUGCGUGGACGCUUCCGACAGGAGAACAUCUACACGUAUGUGGGCUCCAUUCUGAUUGCCAUCAACCCUUUCAAAUUCCUGCCCAUUUAUAAUCCCAAAUACGUCAAGAUGUACGAUAAGCACCGGCUCGGGCAGCUGGAGCCACACAUCUUUGCGGUGGCGGACGCGGCAUAUCACGCUAUGCUGCAGCGACACAGGAAUCAGUGCAUUGUGAUCUCUGGAGAAAGCGGAUCGGGGAAAACGCAGAGCACAAACUUCCUCAUCCACCACCUGACGGCGCUCAGCCAGAAGGGCUUCGCUAGCGGCGUCGAGCAGAUCAUCCUCGGGGCCGGACCCGUGCUAGAGGCUUUUGGAAAUGCUAAAACAGCCCAUAAUAACAACUCCAGCCGCUUCGGCAAGUUCAUCCAAGUCAACUACCAGGAGAGCGGCACCGUCAGAGGAGCGUAUGUGGAGAAGUAUCUGCUGGAGAAAUCUCGACUGGUUUAUCAAGAGCACAACGAGAGGAAUUAUCAUGUGUUUUAUUACCUGCUGGCCGGAGCGAGUGAAGAUGAGAGGAGAUCAUUUCAUCUGCUCAGACCAGAGGAGUAUCAUUACCUCAAUCAGAUCACAAAGUCCGUCCACAGGCAGCACUGGGGGAAUCACUGUGACACUGAGCUGGACUGUUUCUCAGUGGAGGCUGAGGAUCUAAAGCAUGAUUUCGAGCGUCUCCAGCUGGCCAUGGAGAUGGUGGGGUUUCUGCCCACCACCAGGAGACAGAUCUUUUCUUUACUGUCUGCGAUUCUUCACCUGGGAAAUAUCCGUUAUAAGAAGAAAACGUUUCGCGAUGACUCCAUCGAUAUCUGUAAUCCAGAGGUGCUUCCCAUCGUCUCUGAACUGCUGGAGGUGAAAGAGGAGAUGCUUUUUGAGGCACUGACGACACGCAAAACCGUGACGGUGGGAGAGAGACUGAUCGUACCGUACAAACUAGCUGAGGCGGGAACAGUCAGGGACUCGAUGGCCAAGUCUCUGUACUGCGCUCUGUUCGACUGGAUCGUCUUCCGCACAAACCACGCACUGCUGUAUAACAAAGACCUGGAGGAUUCAGCAAAGAUCCUGUCCAUUGGCGUGUUGGACAUCUUCGGUUUCGAGGACUACGAGAACAACAGCUUCGAGCAGUUCUGCAUCAACUUCGCCAACGAGACGCUGCAGCAUUACUUUAACCAGCACGUCUUCAAACUGGAGCAGGAGGAGUAUCGAUCGGAGGGCAUCAACUGGCACAUGAUCGAUUAUAUUGAUAAUACGGCCUGCAUUAAUCUCAUCAGUAAGAAGCCAACAGCACUGCUCCACCUGCUGGACGAGGAGUGCAAUUUCCCGCAGGCGUCCAAUCAGACUCUGCUGGACAAGUUCAAGCGGCAGCACGAAGGAAACGCUUAUAUGGAGUUUCCAGCCGUCAUGGAGCCGGCGUUCAUCAUCCGCCAUUACGCCGGCAAGGUCAAAUACAGCAUCAAGGAUUUCCGGGAGAAGAACACAGAUCACCUGCGUCCGGAUAUUGUGUCUCUGUUGAAGAGCAGCAGAAACGCCUUCAUCUGUGGGCUGAUGGGUCUGGAUCCUGUCGCCAGCUUUAGAUGGGCUGUGAUUCGGGCCUUCUUCAGGGCACUUGUGGCCUUCAGACGUGCUGGACGCCAGCACAGAGACAACCGGAGCAGUGGCUCUGAUGUUCAUCUUCAGCCUCAGAAAAGUGUGGACAGUUUCAGCUUUCUGCAUCACCCCGUUCACCAGCGCAGCCUUGAGAUCCUGCAGCGCUGCAAAGACGACAGAUACAACUCGUGUGUGAGCAGAAGGAGCCCUCGAACACCGCUUUCAGACCUGCAGGGAGCAAACACUUUCAGCAGUAACGGUCGUGGUUGGAGAUCUGAGCGCGUCUCCUCGUUCGCUCAUGAAGACGAGGGAAUCUUCGUCAACUCCGUUAAUAACCGUCUACUGGAGCGAGCGCAGGGAAUCCUCAUGAGAAACAAGAACUACAAGCCCAAGCCCAGCCUCCCCAAGCACCUGCUGGAUGUGAAGUCUCUGAAGUAUCUGAGCAGUCUGACGCUCCAUGACCGCAUCACUAAAUCACUGCUGCAUCUGCACAAGAAGAAGAAACCGCCCAGCAUCAGCGCACAGUUCAACGUUUCUCUGAAUAAGCUGAUGGAGACACUGGGACAGUCGGAGCCGUACUUCGUGAAGUGUAUCCGCUCUAAUGCAGAGAAGCUUCCUCUGCGCUUCAAUGAUGCGCUGGUGCUGCGACAGCUCCGGUACACUGGCAUGCUGGAGACCGUCAGGAUACGACAGUCUGGAUACAGCGUCAAGUACAGCUUUAAGGAUUUUGCUCAUCAUUUCCAUGUUCUGCUGCCGGCUGGAUUCAGUGCCUCUCAGACGGGAAUCAGAGAGUUCCUGCGAAGAGCAGACCUGGAGCCCAGCGGCUAUCAAGUGGGCCGCAGUAUGGUGUUCCUGCAUGAGCGGCUCCGGCAGCGGCUGCAGGACGAGCUCCAUCAGGAGGUGCUCAGGAGGAUCGUCUGCCUGCAGAGAAGCUUCCGGACGCAACGGGACAGAAAACACUUCUGCAGGCAGAGACGAGCCGCACGCCUCAUACAGCGCUGGUGGCGUACCUGUAUAUCUCAGGCUGACGGAUCAGUUGGUGUCCUAGAGCUCCAGCAGGGGGCAGCGGUGCGUCUUCAGGCCGUCUGGAGAGGCUUCCGAGCAAGACGCCUGUACCUGCAGCAGAGGAGAGCAGUGCUGAUCAUCCAGAGCUCCUGGAGGAGAGUCCUGAACACACGAAACACAGCGGCGACGCUCAUUCAGGCCGUCUGGAGGACACACACACACCGGCGGAGCUUUCUGCAGCAGCGCCGUGCCGCCGUCACACUACAGGCUGCCUGCAGAGGGCAGCAGAGCCGGCACCGUUGCCGAAUUCUGAGAGAGCAACAAUGCAGAGAGAAAAGCAAGCAUCCAAGCACUGUGACCAAAAGUUUACAUGUCCAUCAAAACACACAAGAAUCCCUUGAAGCAGAGAAGUUGGAGGAGGUCUGGGAAAAGCAGACCACCGAACCUCCUCCAAAAACUGUAGACGACAGCACUCUGAAGAGCCGAACCAAAAGAGAAAGCAGGAGGCAAAGAGAACUCGAACAAGCCACGUUCAGUUUAGAGCUGCUCAAAGUCCGAUCCGGAUCAAACACAGACGACACUCAGAUGCCUCCAUCCAAACAUAUUCCUCCUCAUCAAGCCUCCACAGAUAGCCAAGAAAGCUUUGAGCUCCUUGAAAACGAGGAUUUGGCUUCAUCAAAACUUGAACUUUCCAAAUCCGAACCAAUGGAGGUCAACCAAACAAGUCCGGUUGCAUCCUUCAAACCCCAUUUCUACAUACCUGAUGAAGACGGGAGUCCGAUUAAUAGUGCUCCACAAACGCCAAACCGUGCCAAGCAGAUUCGAGAGAAGAAGGAGUCUGUGGUGGUCAUCAUCAGCAUGCAAAAGGAAAACCCUGUUGACCGGAGCAGUCUACAAACACUAGAAGCCCAGGACGUCCAUCUCUCAAAUGGAGAAUCUGUUUUGGAUUGUUCAAUUGUUUCCAUUCCUGAACCUCAAACCAAUCACGACCUGCACACUAGUUCUUCGUUUUCGGUGUCCUCCAAACCCCUCCAGCUGGACUUGAGGAGUGCGGCGUCAAACGAAGAGUCUUCAGAGCCCAAAGUUGAUGUUCAGAAGAAGUUUGUUUCUCAGAGCAUCAGCAUAAGCAUGAAGGAGAAAGCGGCGAAUGUGGCCUUUCCCCCCAAACGCAGCCGACUCACCUUCUCCAAGUCAGAUAAAGACCUGGUGAAUCAGGAACGGUCAUUGGCGAUCCAAAGAGAAGCAGGAUUCAGGUCGUUGAAGAACAGAGAUGUGACCAGAGCUGGUUGUAAAAAGAAAGCGCGUAUGGCCGGGACACGCUCUGAUUUCCUGAGCCGAGCCUGCAGCACAGAGGCUGAUUCAGAGGAAGAUGAGGAUGAUGAAUAUGAGGACACACCUGUGCUCUCUCACCCCCUACACUCCCCCAGUUCCCCUGACAUGGACUCAGUCUUCCACAGCGACUCAGAGAUGUCGUCUCAGAAGGAGCAGAAGAGGAUCCAGAAGACCAUGUCCUCAGGGGAUCUUGGGAAAAUGGAUUCGCUCCGGAAGUCCAUGUCUCAGACGGACAGCAGGGUGAGAGGCAAAAUGCGCUUCUGGAGUAAGAGCAAACAUGGAGAUAAAAAGAUGUCCAGCAGAGGGCGCUCCGCAGACUCAGAGCUCACCGACAGGAAGAACGACUCUCCUCCAGGAAGCCCAGAGCACGCAGGAGUGUCUGAGCGUGGACGCGACAGCAAGGAGAACCGCGAGCCGAUGCUAGGCAUGAUGUCGAUGAAGAGGAGGCGCAGUCUGAAGAUCAGCAGUGUGUCUCUCGAGUCCACCACCUGGCAGAACGACGCUCUGCACAUCCUCACCAGCACCGCAGACUACCGCAGCAUGAACGACUUCCUCAUGAAGAAGAUCAGUGAUCUGGAUGCUGAAGACGGACAGAAAGACACCGCUGUGGAUGUGGUGUUCAAGAAAGCCCUGAAGGAGUUUCGCCUCAAUAUCUUCAACUCCUACUCUACUGCUCUGGCUAUGGAUGACGGCAGGAGCAUUCGCUAUAAAGAUCUCUACGCUCUGUUCGAGCACAUUCUGGAGAAGAGCAUGCGUCUGGAGCAGAGAGACUGGAGCGAGUCUCCUGUUAAAGUCUGGGUCAACACGUUCAAAGUCUUCCUGGAUGAGUUCAUGACUGAAUACAAGCCGAUGGACGGAACCAUCAGUAAGGCUCCUAAACCUGAGAGGAAGAAGAGGAGGAAGAAGGAGUCAGACACAGUAGAAGAGCACAUGGGCCACAUCUUUAAGUCCACGCAGUACAGCAUCCCGACCUACUGCGAGUUCUGUUCAUCUCUCAUCUGGAUGAUGGACAAAGCCUGCGUCUGCAAACUGUGUCGCUAUGCGUGCCACAAGAAGUGCUGUCUGAGGAUGACCACCAAAUGCAGCAAGAAGUUUGACCCAGAGCUGUCUUCACGGCAGUUCGGUGUAGAGUUGUCUCGUCUGACGAGUGAUGAGCGAAGCGUCCCGCUGGUGGUGGAGAAGCUGAUCAACUACAUCGAGAUGCACGGCCUCUACACCGAGGGCAUCUACAGGAAGUCUGGAUCCACCAAUAAGAUCAAAGAGCUCAAGCAGGGGCUGGACACGGAUGCGAACAGUGUGAAUUUAGAUGACUACAACAUCCAUGUGAUCGCCAGUGUGCUGAAGCAGUGGCUGCGGGACCUUCCCAACCCGCUCAUGACGUUUGAACUGUACGAGGAGUUCCUCAGGGCUAUGGGUCUGCAGGAUAAGCGUGAGGUGGUUCAGGGGGUUUAUUCGAUCAUCGAUCAGCUCAGCAGGACUCAUCUGAACACACUGGAAAGACUCAUAUUCCACCUGGUCCGGAUCUCUUUCCAGGAGGAGACGAACCGCAUGUCUGCGAACGCGCUGGCCAUCGUGUUUGCACCCUGUAUACUGCGCUGUCCUGACACCACUGACCCGUUACAGAGCGUCCGAGACAUCAGCAAGACCACAGCGUGUGUGGAGCUGAUCAUCUGUGAGCAGAUGAGGAAAUAUAAAGCCCGUCUGAAGGACAUCAACACGCUGGAGUUUGCAGAAAACAAAGCCAAGAGUCGCCUGACACACAUCCGCCGCUCCAUGAAACCGGUACUAAUUGCGGUUAGGUUUAUUGGCAUUUCCAGAACGGUGACGUCGGGUAAGAGUCGUGCUCGUAAGACUGGCCGUCACACGCCGUCUCCACCUUUAAGUCCUCGGGCGUCUGAGAGGGAGGAGCCUGUUGAUGAGGGGGUGGAGCCUGUGCUGAGCGAGCAGCAGCAGGCAGCAAUGCAGCAGGAGGAGAAAGUGCUGACGCAGCAGAUAGAAAACCUGCAGAAGGAGAAGGAAGAGCUGACCUAUGAGAUGCUGGCUUUGGAGCCGCGAGCUUCAGAUGAUGAGAUGCUGGAGUUGGAGGCGUCGAUCGGGACGGCGGACAGCUCAGAAAACCUGAUGGAGUCGGAGGGAGCCGCGUCUGAUGCGUGGGAAAAAAGCCCUGGCGCAGUGUCAGCAUCUUGCUGGAGGAAAUCGGAGUCUAAAAGCAGGCGAUGUUUGCGGCGUCAGCCUGAAUCUCUGGACUCUGUGGAUUCAGCCGUCGCUUCUCUUUCCUCAGUGUCGUCGACGCCUCAUUAUCGGUUUCGCUCAUCCUCUUCCGGUCCUCUGUUCUCCUCCAGUUCCCCGACUGGAGACCUGCACAUUCUCCCCGACCCGGAGAGCUGCGAACAGGCUUCCUUGAGCGCCCGGUGUGCCUCCAGCUCCGAAAAAACCCGACCGCGGCCCAGAGCUAACCGGAGCUGCCCGCCGAAGCCUCGCGAGCCGGGAGACGCCGGCGGACGCAGGAGAGAGCAUGAGUUCAGUUCCUCGCAGCCUUUAGUGCUGUACGGCAGCAAUGAGUUCAUGGUGUGACAAAGAUGAUGGAGAUGUGGAGAUGAAUCAAAGCGAGAAAUUAGUCUGCAUUCAUACUGAGAUUUUACAAAUGCACUACGAUUCUAUCUGGAAUGGAUUAGAAGCGUAGUUUUUACAGCAGAUGGCGCUCUAGGCUAGUUUUGAACAGGAGACGGCGCUCUAGGCUAGUUUUGAACAGCAGAUGUCGCUCUAGGCUAUUUUUGAACAGCAGAUGUCGCUCUGGGCCAGUUUUGCACAGCAGAUGGCGCUCUAGGCUAGUUUUGAACAGCAGAUGGCACUCUAGGCUAGUUUUAAACAGCAGAUGUCGCUCUGGGCUAGUUUUGAACAGCAGAUGGCUCUCUAGGCUAGUUUUGAACAGCAGAUGGCACUCUAGGCUAGUUUUAAACUGCAGAUGUCGCUCUGGGCUAGUUUUGAACAGGAGACGGCGCUCUAGGCUAGUUUUGAACAGCAGAUGGCUCUCUAGGCUAGUUUUGAACAGCAGAUGGCGCUCUAGGCUAGUUUUGAACAGCAGAUGGCGCUCUGGGCUUGAUUUGAACAGCAGAUGGCGCUCUAGGCUAGAUUUGAACAGCAGAUGGCGCUCUAGGCUAGUUUUGAACAGCAGAUGGUGCUCUAGGCUAGUGUUGAACAGCAGAUGGCACUCUAGGCUAGUUUUGAACAGCAGAUGGUGCUCUAGGCUAGAUUUGAACAGCAGAUGGCACUCUAGGCUAGUUUUGAACAGCAGAUGGCGCUCUAGGUUAGUGUUGAACAGCAGACAGCGCUCUAGGCUAGUGUUGAACAGCAGAUGGCGCUCUAGGCUAGAUUUGAACAGCAGAUGUCGCUCUAGGCUAGUUUUGAACAGCAGACGGUGCUCAUAGCUAGUUUUGAGCUGCAGAUGGCGCUCUAGGCUAGUGUUGAACAGCAGACGGUGCUCUAGACUAGUGGUCAAAAUGCUGCACGGCUCACUAUGAACACUUUUCACUUAAACAUUUCCUUGCUUUAAUUAUAAUUAUCUUAGCUUCAAGUGGUGUGCAUAAGGAAUUUGAUGCUGUUUGUAAAGCACACAGCGCCAUCUGUUGGUGCAAACUAAGCUCAGAAUCCAUUCAAGCGAGAAUCGCAAUGCAUUCGAAAAAUCUCUGAAUCCAUACAGAAACAUUUUUCAAUUUGUUUUAUGGCCGCAGCUCUAGAUGAUAAUAUCCACCUUUUGCUGAAUAACUUUAACUGCUUGAAAAUGAACCAUCUCGCCUUUCAUGCAGCAGUUGCCCAUCCUUCCAGUGAACAAAACGAAGGGAAGGAUCAAAGUACUGAACGCUGUGGAAAUGAUUGAGAAGCAUCACAGUGAACAUGACCUACUGACUGUAAAGUGGACCAGCUGGACCGGUCCAUUUUUCACAAUAGAUUCUAGAGUAGUAGAGCAGGGAAAGAGCGAUUUUUACUUAAGCUGAAAUGUUCAUUUUUCAUGUUUACAGAACUGAGCCAAUGAGAGGUCACGCGACUUCAGCUGACUGCAUGCCGUAUCGCUAUCAUUGUUUUCACUCUAUGAUUAAAAACCUUUGAUAAAGUGCUAAAUAUGUAAAGUAAUAUUAUAUUAUUGAUAAGGGUCGGACGAAUCGUGUAAAUAGCUGAAAUCCCUGUGCUGCUGGUUGACCCAUGUGAAAAUAACGUCUUUUGUGUUGCAGAUGGAAAACUAGUGUCCAUUUCCAGAUGUCGUGUUUCUUACGGACGAGUCUCUAUAAUGGCACACGCUCUUAUUUAUCCGCAGUGAAUUGUUUUGAUUCUGGGGAUUCAUCCUAUUUUUAAUUAAUUUUUUUUUUAACACAAAGAUAAAGGAUGAAUAGUGAUGAAAUGUCAGAUAUGUGUUAUGUGUUUGUCCCACAAUUCUUUGCUGUAGUUUAUUUCAUUGUUUUUUUAUUUCCAUCAGUGUUACAUGCAACCAAAUCAGGACUUGAAAAUCUAUUUUGUCACCCUUAAAUUGCUUUUUUAAAGUAUAUUGUGUUUUAUAUAUGCUUAUAUUUUAUUGUGAAUUUCAGGUAUAUGAAUUUAUUUUGGUGUAACUUUCCACUGUGCCAUCUGGAAUUACGUUAUUUUAGGCCACAAUGUCCUUUUUGUGUUUUAAUUUAGGGCUAAUUUAUCAUGAGCGUCUAUAACAGGGUCGUCUGCUGUGUAUUUUUACCCUUUAAUCUGACAUCAACAUCCGCAUUUAAUGCAGUACAUUUAAGGACACAUAACAGCAAAAAGUAUGUCCGUUUACAUGGUGAACAUUGCUGUUUAUGCGCAGGGAAUGUGUCUCCAGAAGCUGUUUACUCUUUUUUUCCAUGUGCUGUUACCAAUAUUUAUGUCUAUAUCUAUGUCAUAUCGGUCAUCAUAGCCUAUUGCAAGUAACCGUCACCAUUGGUGCAAUAUCAUGAAAGACUGUAAGGUAUGUUUUUAUGUUUAAAUAAGUAUACUUGGGUACUAUUCUAACCUUAAGUCCACUAAUGCAGUCCACUGUCUUGGCAGUGAGAAGGAAGCGGUUGUUUAUUUUUUGCGUCCUGCAUAAGUGAAUGUAAUCAUGUAGCAUGCCACACUAUUGUCAAAAUAAUCUCUUUUACAGCCACUGUUUGAGGCCAGAAACAUACUCUAUGCAAAUAUACGCGUGAAUUAUUGUGGCUUCAGUACUUAAGGGUGUCACUUACCUUCAGGUGUCUGUAGUUGAACUGGUUUUAGACUGCUAGGUGUAAACACGUCGACAUUUUAAUUGACCUAACACCGCUGCUUCAGUAUGAGAAUACAAACUGACGGUUAUUAUGCUAAUGAGCUCUGCGCGCGCGCUCUUUUGAACGCAGAGACACGUGAUCGUGCGUGUAGAGUAUGUUUCGCGCUAAGACUGUAAAGGUAAACAAGGGAUGUAACUGAGGGAUGUAAUAUCUUGCAUAUGACGAUUAUUUUUAUGUUGAAUGAUCCUGCUUUGUGUUUUGAUGGACUGAGACAGUCUAAGCUUUGAGAUUUUGUGUUUGUGCUCUCUGGAGUACAUUGUAAACGGUGCAAUUUGUGGAAUAUUUCCUUAAUGUGUGUAAAUCAGUGUGUGCGGAUGUAAAAAGAAAACAACAUCGUCUUAUUAAAAAAAGAUAAAGA